CGCUCCGAGAGGAAUGUAAGGCCGGAUUCAGCCAGUCUGAGUCAGAACCGAAUAGAACAAAGGAAAAGGAAAAGCGGCCACAGCCCCAAUAGGCCAAAUACGGGACAAAGGGGGCCCUCAGUCUCACUGACUCAAUGAUUCAUCAUCGAUGACUGAUUAGCCUUCCUGGAUCCCUCAGAGCAAGUAAAUACAACUACUACCCUUGACUUCUUGACCCGACCCUGGUAUCUACCUUCUGAGAUGCAGCAAGAUCGGAUAUCGUUGGAGACAGCCAAUGGCUUCCCACGAGACCAUGUCGUCAACGGUGCCAUCUGUGAUGACGAAAAACAUGUCAGAGAAAAGCCAGAGUGCCUCUCUGGUAGUGACGGUGAGGAGUUGGAGAAAAAGCCCAAGCACGCUCCGUUGGUAAUCUUCUGCAUCUCCUGCAUAACGUUCAUCAGCUGCUACCUGGGUGGCCUUGUCACGAUCUCCGUCCCCCAAGUAGCCAGAGACCUGAAUCUAGACCCGGGAAUGGAAUUAUGGCCUGUUUCCAUGUAUGCCUUGUCCACCGGCUGUACACUGCUCAUCUUCGGUGCGGUGUCAGACGCCGUGGGUAGUAGGCUGAUUUUCCUACUCGGCUGCUUCUUUCAGAGUAUAUUCUGCAUGGCAUGCGGUCUUGCACAAAAUGGUUCUCAAUUGAUUGUUUUCCGUGUCAUUUCCGGUUUAGCUACCGCCAUGUGCUUGCCAUCCGCCACGAGUAUUAUUUCUGAGAACUUUUCGCCAGGAAAGCUCCGCAACCUCGCCUUCUCUUUCAUGGGUGGUGGGCAGCCUAUUGGAUUUGGUGUCGGGAUUUUAGUUGGAGGUGUUCUCACUGAUACUAUCGGCUGGCGCUGGGGCUUCCAUACUGCUGCGAUUGCUAAUACAGCCGCUUUCUUGUUGUCUUGGUGGCAGUUACCACACACAAAGCAAGGCGGAAUCAACUGGCACUCUCUCAUUUUUGGCAUUGACUGGUUCGGCGCGAUCAUCAUAAGCACGGCUUUGGCGCUCCUGUCAUUAGCGCUGGCGGUUAUUUCUGGAGACGCAAACAGCAUCCGCCAGGCGUCCACCAUAGCAUAUUUUGCUGUCUCCGGGGUAUUGCUGAUCUGCUUUGUCCUCUGGCAAGAAUUCCAGGAGCGGCGAGACAAGCCGACUCUAAUCCGUAACUCGUUAUGGAAGAAUGUCGCCUUUAGUUCAAUUUGUGCCAAUGUCUUCAUUAUUUGGGGUGCAUUCAACGGAUUCGAGCAAAUCAUCAACUUCUUUUUCCAGAAUGUUCAGGAGCUCUCUGUAAUCCAGACAGCUAUUCGCUUUAUUCCCACUCCAGUCACCGGUCUCCUAAGCGCUCUCGUUACCGGGCUGAUUCUUCAUUGCGUCCGCGCGGAUGGUAUUAUGAAUAUCACCACUAUCAUCUCCUGCAUCUCCCCGCUGAUAAUGGCUCUCGUGGACCCGAACUGGACCUAUUGGCGAUGUGCAUUCGUGGCUAUUAGUCUCAACUCCAUUGCUGCAGACUCCUUGUUCACUGUCUCCAAUAUCAUGAUUGCAGGGGUGUUUCCUCCUGAAACGCACGGUCUAGCAGCGGGUGUAUUCAACACAGUCUCGCAGAUCGGGAAGAGCUUUGGCCUUACUUUUGUGGAGCUGAUUGCCAACGUUGUCAGCGAUAACAAGGCGAGUCCUGAAGAGAGGAACAGACCGGAAGGGUUGAUGGUCGGCUACCGAGCAGCCUUCUGGCUUCUUUUUGCGAUGAACAUCCUCAGUCUGAUCAUCGGGGCUUUUGGGCUGAGGAAGGUGGGGAAUAUAGGGAAGAAGAAAUCACAAUAGUUACAUAUCCCGUGGGGAGUAGUCGAACGCAAUCGCGUUCAAGGUGGGACUGUUGAUAGGCUGGCCAGAAAUUUUUAUGUUCUAUUUCAAGGUACACUCCUGUAUUCAAAUUAGAAUCUGUCAUCAAUCCGGUUCAAUACAUUGGUAAGGUACAAUGGCAGACCAAAAGAUGGAUCCAUCUAAAGCUUUCCGUAUAGCUGCAAGAGCAAGCGUUCCAUUUUAAAUACAAUCAGACAUAUGCUUACAUACUCAUUAAU